UCAAGGAAUGUUUUGAGUAACAGAGUGAAACAGCAAGCAGCUCUGCCAAUGUCGAUAUAUCUCACAAGUCAAAGCCAACUAACCAAGUUGGAAUUCAGGUCGAGUUUAGCCGUGUCGAAUCUUUUAGCUUACUUUAUGCCUAUCCCUCUUUAACAUCUAUCUUUCUUCAUCAGAUAAAGCUGUUAUUUUCCUUUUUUUUUUCUUUUCUUUUCUCAUCUGGUCAUUUGAUGAACCAGUAGCUGCUAGUUCAAUGGAAAUUAGGAGAGAGAAUGGGUUUUUGUUCUGUUUGGCUUUGCUUUCGUUAUGGGUUCCUGCAAGUGCUUCUUCAACACCCAAAGGUUCAAACCCUGAAGUUCAUGCUUUGAUGGGGAUCAAAGCUGCUUUGAAGGAUCCUCAUUCUGUUCUGGCUUGGGAUGAUGAUGCUGUGGAUCCAUGCACUUGGAAUUUAAUCACUUGCUCUUCUGGUGCAGAACCCAAAGUCAUUGGCAUAGGAGCUCCAAGCCAAAACUUAUCUGGUACACUCUCACCAAGUAUUGGAAAUUUGACAAACCUCCUAUUUUUGCUUCUUCAGAAUAACAAUAUAUCAGGAAAAAUUCCCAAUGAGAUUAGCAAGAUACCUAAACUACGCACACUUGAUCUUUCAAACAACUUGUUCUCUGGUGAAAUUCCCAGCUCAUUCUCCAACUUGAAAAGCCUCCAAUAUCUGAGACUCAACAAUAACACCUUCUCUGGGCCGAUCCCAUCAUCAUUGGCUAACAUGACUCAGCUUGCCUUGCUGGACCUAUCCUACAAUGAUUUGAGUGGUCCUGUGCCCAGACUGCUGGCUAAGACAUUUAACUUCACUGGAAACUCUUUGAUUUGUGCCCCUGGAACUAAUGAAGCAUGCUAUGGAACAUCUCCAUUGCCACUUUCUUUCGCUGUUACAAACGCUUCAUACUCGCAACCUCCUAAGAGACACAGAGGCCAGAGAAUUGCCUUAGUCAUUGGUCUUAGCUUGGGCUGCAUCGGUCUCUUAACCCUUGGAUAUGGUUUCUUUUUCUGGCGGAAGCAUAGGCACAACCAGCAAAUAUUCUUUGAAGCUAAUGAUCGGCAUCUUGAAGAACUGAGCCUUGGAAACAUAAAGAGGUUUCAGUUCAGAGAACUUCAGAAUGCCACUCACAAUUUCAGCAGUAAAAACUUGAUUGGAAAAGGUGGCUUUGGGAAUGUAUACAAAGGAUAUCUCCAAGAUGGCACCAUUAUAGCUGUCAAGAGGCUCAAAGAUGGGAAUGCCAUGAGAGGAGAGAUCCAGUUUCAGACUGAAGUUGAGAUGAUAAGCUUGGCAGUGCAUAGGAACCUCCUCAGGUUGUAUGGUUUCUGUAUUACAACAACAGAGAGGCUUUUGGUCUAUCCAUAUAUGUCCAAUGGCAGUGUUGCCACCCGUCUUAAAGCAAAACCAGCUCUGGAUUGGAGUACAAGGAAGAGAAUUGCCUUGGGAGCUGCUCGGGGCUUGUUAUACUUACAUGAACAGUGUGAUCCAAAAAUCAUUCACAGGGAUGUGAAGGCUGCAAAUAUAUUGCUUGAUGAUUUCUGUGAGGCAGUGGUGGGGGAUUUUGGGCUGGCAAAGCUGUUAGAUCACAGAGAUUCACAUGUCACAACUGCUGUGAGGGGAACUGUUGGGCACAUUGCACCAGAGUAUCUAUCAACUGGCCAAUCCUCAGAGAAAACAGAUGUUUUCGGGUUCGGAAUUCUACUCCUUGAGCUCAUAUCGGGUCAAAGAGCUCUUGAAUUUGGAAAAGUGGCAAACCAAAAAGGAGCAAUUCUGGACUGGGUAAAGAAGAUUCACCAAGAAAAGAAGCUUGAAAUGCUUGUUGACAAAGACUUGAAAAGCAAUUACGACCGAAUAGAACUUGAGGAAAUGGUUCAAGUAGCUCUCUUGUGCACCCAAUGUCAUCCCAGCCACAGGCCUAAAAUGUCUGAAGUGGUCAGGAUGCUUGAAGGAGAUGGGCUGGCAGAGAAAUGGGAAGCUUCCCAAAGAUCAGAUGCAAACAGGGGCAGAGCCAAUGAGUUCUCCACUUCAGAACGUUACUCUGAUCUUACUGACGACUCUUCAUUGUUUGCUCAAGCAAUAGAUCUCUCAGGACCCAGAUAGGAAAGACUUGCAAACUGGAAAAAAUAUUGAACUGGCCAAUGACCAGAAAAUGAGAUAUUCAUCAACUAAACUUCAUACAAUGAGCAGUAUGCUGGUGAACAUUCUCUAAUUAAGCGAACUCUGAACGGCAUCAUACUGGAAUUGGAGUUCUAAAGAUAGUAGCUAACUUCGUUGUGUUCUUGGAGAAUGAUCUACUUUUAGGUGUUUCUUUUUGUUUUUUUGGCUGCAUCCUAAGUCCUGAGCUUGUAAAUCUAAUUUUUAUGAGUCCUUUUCUAGCUUUGUUUUUCUUUAGUUCUCAGUUGAAAUGGCCAGUCAGACCCUUCCACACAAUUUGUAAAAUAACGUAAGUUAAAAACAACUUUGUAUCAUUGUACUAGCAAAUCUCUGAUAUAUUAGUGGUUUUUUUUCCUUUUCGGAGGUGGAGGGGGUAAUCAUAUAUUUGAACAAAGAUGGUCCCCUGCAAAUAAUUGGUUCCACUGUGAAUCACCUAAAUGGGAUUUGUGAUCAAUCCACUUUUCUUCA